CUCUUGACCGGAGUGCUUCUGCUGGCUGCCGGACUUUGGGCAACUAUAAAGCGCAGCAAAGAGCAUCCUCAAAGUGGAAGAUUUCUUGGGGAGCACCCAAGAACCGGCAGCCUUUGAACAAACCAUGUGCCCUGAGAUGGAGACCUUCGAACUCAAUGAUCCCAAACCCAAGAAGAGAAGCAGCGUGAACUUAUUCACGGUGAUAGUGGUUAUCUACCUGAUCCUGCUCACUGUGGGCACUGGACUGCUGGUGAUGCAAGUUCUGAGCCUGCAGGAGCGGGUCCGGGCGCUGGAGAUGCACUUCCCCAAUGGAACUCUGAUGGCAGCAGAUGACACCUCGUCCUUCUCACUGCUGCAGUCUGAGCACCCCAGAGCCCGAGUGGCUGGCAGUGCCCUGCAGCUGCAAGGCUUACAGUCCCAGCUCACUCAGGUCCGUACCAGCCAGGAACAUCUGCAGCAGUGGGUGGCCAACGUCUCCCGGAAUCCAGAGCUGUUGAAGAUCAAAGGUGAACGAGGUGCCCCAGGUCCAAAGGGGGCCCAGGGUGCACCUGGCCUACCUGGCUCUCCUGGCCAGAAAGGAGUUAAGGGUGCCACUGGAGACAAUGGAGCCACAGGCCCACCAGGUCCCCAAGGCCCAGCUGGCAUCAAGGGAGAGAAAGGAUUCCAAGGACCCCAAGGUCCACCAGGGAUGUCAGGAGCCACUGGUUCCCCAGGGCAAAAGGGAGAGAAAGGCAGCCAGGGCAGUGGGGGCCUCAUAGGCCCUAAAGGGGAACCAGGAGCAAAGGGUGACAAAGGAGACACCGGCCUCCCAGGAAGCAAAGGGACCACAGGCAUGAAAGGAGACCCAGGAGCCAUGGGCCCCCCUGGAGCCCCAGGAGCUAAAGGUGACUCUGGGAAGCCAGGCCCACCAGGUUUGGCUGGAAUGCCUGGAGCCAAAGGAGAUCAGGGACACUCUGGAGCAUCUGGAGCGCCAGGCAUCCCUGGCAUUGCAGGGCCCUCAGGUCCCAAGGGUGAGCCUGGCAUCACUGGCUCCAAGGGGCUACCAGGAAGCCCAGGUACUCCGGGAGCUGCAGGACCAAAAGGAAGCAAAGGGGACACAGGACUUCAAGGACAGAAAGGAACAAAAGGAGAAUCAGGAGUCCCAGGUCCUGCAGGUUUGAAGGGAGACAAGGGGAGCCCCGGACUGGCAGGCCUUCAAGGAAACAUUGGACCUGUUGGCCGGAAGGGAGAGCCGGGACAGAAAGGAUCUACUGGGCUGCAAGGAGAAAAGGGAGAGAAAGGGCAAAAAGGUGAAUCCUAUGUAUUGGUCAGAAUUGUUGGCAGCAGAACUCGAGGCCGGGCUGAAAUUUACUAUAAUCAACAAUGGGGGACCAUUUGUGAUGAUGGCUGGGAAGAUGCUGAUGCCACCGUGUUCUGCCGCAUGCUGGGUUUCUCUUCUGGAAGGGCCAUUGCCAGUUACGGAGGAGGCACUGGGCCCAUCUGGCUGGAUGACCUUUCAUGCAGUGGGACAGAGAGGAGCCUGAUAAACUGCAUGACAAGGGAAUGGGGCUCCCACAACUGCGCUCACAGUGAGGACGCCGGCGUGAACUGCAGCUGACCGACUGCUCAGCUUCCAAGAUGUACUUGGGCUCACACACACGUGCUCAUGGACAUGUAGCCGCCGAGAAAAAAAGAGGAGUAAUAAAGCUCAAAGCAUUA